ACCUUACCCCUACCCUCUUCUUCUCUCUCUUCUUAAUGGUUAAAAAAGGAUUCAAAAUAGUCCUUGUUUACCAAAAAGGAUUCAAAAUCUACAAUAGUCAAGACCCCAUUUGCAGAUGGGAACUCCCUUUUGAUUUUGAGUCAUCAAACUGAAAGAUUUCCUCUGCAGAAUCAAUGGCAGAGAUACUGAGCCACAAAUCAUAGAAGAAACAUCUUUUCCUAGCCCAACAGAGGAAGAGGAGCUCUCAGCUUUUCUUUUUGGCUCAUUCUUUUGGAACCCAGAGAACCUAUAAAAAGCACCCCUUUAAUGGGCUUUCUAGCUUUUAUGCGUCUUCAUUGCACUUUCUUUUUGUAGAGAAAGAGAAGGGGGAGAGUGAGAGAGAAUCAAACUAUACUCAAAAUGGGUUUCGAAAAAGAAAUGCAAAAAGGUGAAUUGAUUCACGGGAUGGUCAGUGGGCGUAUCUAGUACACGUUGCUCCAGAAAGUUAGAGAGAGGGAGAGAGAAAUUUUCUACUGAAAGAAAGUGAUCCGAGAAAUGUUUUAAGAGACAGAAAAGUUGGUUUUUAUUUUUAUUUUUUAUAGUUUGUUUUUGAAAUUGAGAAGGUGAAUAGAUUGUAUUUUAUAUAUUUGCUAUUUCUUAUAUUAUUAUUGAAGUUUCACUUGUUAUGCGUCUGUCUUCUGAUUCUUGUUUGUGUAUUGUGAAUACCUGAAGAGUAUUUCGAACUCUUUUUUCCUUUAUUUUUCAGGUUUUUUUAUUCUUAAUCUGCAUCUCUGAUCUUUCUGUGACUCCUUUUGUCUUGUAAUACAGUUUUUCACGAGGUUGUGUCAGAUUUCUUUGUUUUUUUUUUAAAAGAACUAAUCUUUAUCUAUUUUUUAAGGGUUUUUUUUUUAUACUGCUCCCGCACUGCUCUCUUCACUUCUCUGCUUGCAACCUGUAAAGAUUCUAAAGAUCUUGCAGUUCUUGAUUUUCUAUCCUCUAUAAACACUCCUCCUGGGCUCUUGUUUUCGGUUUCUGAAACAUACAUUUUGUUUUUUUGGACCCCUUUUAUACUAUUAUUCCUGUCAUGCCUCUUUUUUUUCCCCUGCCCAUUUUUCACACUUCAAAAAUAGCCACAACCCCUUUAGCUUCUUUGACAUCAACUUUCUUUGUCUAGUUUUUUCAACUUAAAACUGUAGAGCAUAAACAAAUUGUUACUCCAAAUUGGUGCUGUGCUGUUAUAUCAGAGUUUUAAUACUUUGUUUAUCUAUUUAGGAUUCUUGGCUAGUUGUAUCUCUCUAUCUGAUUUGUCACAUCAAGCUGUUCCUUGAAAGUAGAGGAGAGAGAUAGAUGAAGAUGGGCAGAGCUUCAAGGUGGCUUAAGGGCUUAUUAGGCAUGAAGAAAGACAAAGAUAAAGAAAGAGAGGAUGUUGCCACACAAAUUUCAAGUGACAAGAAAGAGAAGAAAAGGUGGAGUUUUGCCAAAUCAGGGAAGGACGACGCUCCAGCGAAUCGCUCUGGGAGCAUGAAAGAUGAUGCCUGGCUUAGAUCCUACCUUUCUGAAACAGAAAGAGAGCAGAACAAGCAUGCGAUUGCAGUGGCAGCAGCCACAGCUGCAGCUGCCGAUGCAGCAGUGGCUGCGGCUCAGGCAGCGGUGGCGGUUGUGAGGCUCACCAGCCAUGGCAGAGGGACAAUGUUUGGUGGAGGGAGGGAGAGAUGGGCUGCAGUCAAAAUUCAAACUGUCUUUAGAGGCUACUUGGCUCGAAAAGCUCUUCGCGCAUUGAAAGGGCUGGUUAAGCUACAAGCAGUUGUUAGGGGCUAUUUAGUCCGGAAACGGGCUACAGCAACCCUUCACAGCAUGCAAGCCCUUAUAAGAGCUCAAAAUGCUAUUAGAUCUCAACGCGCUCGUCGUUCUUUCAACAAAGAGAAUAGAUUUUCUGAACACAGACCACGAAAAGCCAUUGAGAGGUUUGAUGAUACUAGAAGUGAAUUUCACAGCAAGAGGCUAUCUACAUCUUGUGACAUGACUGCAUUUGAUGAAAGCCCUAAGAUAGUUGAAAUUGACACCUACAAGCCAAGAUCAAGGUCUCGUAGAAUCAACGUUGCCUCAUCGGAAUGCGGUGAAGAACUUCCUUACCAGGCUAUCUCGUCACCUCUUCCAUGUCCAAUGCCAGCUAGAAUCUCCAUACCCGAGUGCAAAGGAUAUCAAGAUUUUGAGUGGUACUUCAAUGGGGAGGAGUGUAGGUUCUCCACUUCACACAGUACUCCAAGAUUUGCAAACUCUGCCCAGUCCAUUGCCCCUGCCACUCCUGCAAAGAGUAUUUGCGGAGAUGCUUACUUUAGGCCUUAUUUGAACUUUCCUAAUUACAUGGCAAACACGCAGUCUUUUAAGGCCAAAUUGAGGUCUCAUAGCGCGCCAAAGCAAAGACCAGAACCGGGGUCAAAGAAGAGGCUUUCACUCAAUGAAAUAAUGGCAUCAAGGAAUAGUAUAAGCAGUGUUAGAAUGCAGCGGCCAUGCACCCAAGUUGAUGAACAUUUGGUCAUUGACGGAUUUGUUAGUGAAGAGGUCCAUCCUUAUCAGAAGUGAUUUAAAAAGGAUGACUGCUAGAAGAAAGUGGAAGCUGGAAGUAACAAGACUUUGUUUCUUCUCAAAGCUUUUCACCUCAACUAAAUGCUGACAAGCAAUAGCGCACAGAACAAAGAAUGCUUUGUGUAAAUUCUUUACAACAGUUUGGGUGAUCGAUCAUGCUGACUUAUCAAUGAAAUGAGAGUUUUAUUUCGUUCCACAAUUAACUUUCGGUAAUGAAAGUUGCAUUGUCAAAUAACACGACUUCAGUAUUGCUUUGUAUAAAGUGUUGAUUCGAACAA